UUACUGCAGUAUUUGAUUGGGGCACCUGGAAAAUACUGGAGUGAACUCAGAAGCAGAGCUUGAUAAAAAAUUUAACCUUGACCUCAGGAUUAAGCCGCGGACUGCAUUGAACACGUGGUCAAAAAAAGCCAAAAGGAACAAGAAAUGUCCUCCUACAGCAACUUACCUAGCUACAGCAGUGGUGGUGGCAGUGACAAUGCCAAGCUCAUGGAACAAAUGAGGAGUCAGGUGGCAGUGGCCAGUGCACAGGAACUUAUACAGAAAAUGUCCGAUAAAUGUUUCCGAAAAUGCAUUAAUGCACCUGGAAGUGAGCUAGACUCCAGAGAGCAGAAAUGUCUAUCAAUGUGUAUGGAUCGCUACAUGGAGGCGUGGAACAUUACCUCAAAGUCGUACAGUUCUAAACUACAGAAUCAAAGACAAUAACUAUAACAUCACCAUUUAUUAUAUCUGUGAAAUGACUGUGUGCAAAUGUAAAGUAGUGUUAAUUAA